CAGAGAAACAGGCUGAGCAACACACCAAAAAAGGGCUGGAGCUGGAGGUUCUGCUUGCUGGAGAAACACACAGACACACAGACAGACGGACUGAAGGACUGGGCUUCAGGAAUCAUGGAGCAGGGCUGUGGAUGAGCAGGAUUUCCACCAUGUCCACGGGCCCCGGGCCCCCAGGGGCCACUCCUGUGAACGAGCCGGACCAGAGCGCGGCGGGUCACACCAAGGGCCCCGUGGGCCUGCAGACGCUGCUGGAUCUGCUGGUGGGAGUUUAUCAGGAGUUCAGCUCGGCUGCUCUGCUCAGAGAGAAAUAUGUGCAGCGCUUUCUGCAGUGGGCGGAGCCUCUGGUCAGACAGGUGAAGAAGACCCGGAUAAGCAGAGAUGACUUUGACAUCUUGAAGGUGAUCGGCCGAGGAACCUUCAGCGAGGUGGCUCUGGCCCGCAUGCGUAACACACAGCAGGUUUACGCGCUGAAGAUCAUGAACAAGUGGAACAUACUGAAGCGUGGAGAGACGGCGUGUUAUCAGGAGGAGCAGGAGGUUCUGCUGAAAGGAGACCGGCGCUGGAUCACUGAACUACAUUACACUUUCCAGGACGACAAUUACCUUGUAGACAUUAAGCCUGACAACAUUCUCCUGACGGCGGAUGGUCAUGUGCGAUUGGGUGAUUUUGGCUCCUGUCUGCGUCUGGAGGAUGACGGACUGAUCCACUCGUCGCUGGCCGUCGGGACUCCAGACUAUCUGUCUCCAGAGAUCCUGCGGGCGGUGGAGGGCGGCGGAGGCUACGGCUCUGAGUGUGAUUGGUGGGCUCUGGGCAUCUGCGCGUAUGAGAUGCUGCUGGGAACCACACCCUUCUACGCCGAGUCCAUCUCUGAGACAUAUGCCAAAAUAAUACACUUCAAGGAUUAUUUUGAGUUUCCUCCGGGGUCUGAGGUGUCCGAGGAGGCGCGGUCACUCAUCAGCGCUCUGAUCUGCGACAGGAGCGAGAGGUUGGGCUCACGGGGCUCCGUGGACUUCAGAAAACACCCGUUCUUCACAGGUUUGGACUGGAGUUCCCUUCAUCUCCUCCCUCCUCCGUACCGUCCUGACGUCUCCGACGCCACAGACACCUCCAACUUCGACGUGCUAGACGACUGUCUGAGCGACACGGAAAGCCUGAGUGACGUGAUGGAGCGAGCGCCGGUUGGGCUUCAUCUGGCGUUUGUAGGCUACUCUUACACAGCCACCAGAGAGACGGGAGCACUGGACCGCAGCAGAGACAUCAUGAUGGAGAUCAACCAGCAGCAGGAUAGAGAUCUGCUCCACCUGCAGGGAAAACUGAAUCAGGUGUGGCGGCUCAGAGAAUCCAUCACCGCUGAGCUGAUGUCACUUCCUGCUGAGCAGAACAAACCCCAGCCAAUCAGCAGCAGCGCAGAGACGGAGCAGAGCGACGCACACACUUACGAGCUACAGAGACGUCUGCACAAAGCCGAAUGCAGGAACAGAGAGCUCGAGCUGGAGAUGGCCGGACUGAGAGAGGAGAUCCUCAGACUGACCGCCGGCAGGGACCAAGGUCAGGAAUGAUCUGUGAUCUGGAAUUGGCAUUACAGAUGUCACACUGACUGUAUGUAAUAUUAUCUGUGCAGUGUGUUUGAAGCUCUGCCCUGAGAAUAGUGAUAAAUAUCUCGUCCGGGAAUAGAUAAUGAGACACAACAGAACAACUGC